UAUAUAAGCCGGGACGGGCUAAUCCUUGAUCCUAUAUGGCAAACCUAACGACAAGCAGAACAAAAAAAAGAAGACGAUAGAGAAGUUUGAAGAAGCACUGACUCGUCUAAAAUGCAAGCUGGACUCAGUUUUUUCGACAAAAAAGCCCCAGAUGUUGUUGUUCGCAGCCUCUUCGAAAAAUAUGAUACGAAUGGAAAUGGUAAACUGGACGAAAAAGAAAUGCAAACCUUAUUAGAAGAAGAUUUAGGGUUGGAUCGAGAACAAACUGGGGUGUACAUUCCUCUUGUUGACAAGAACGGUGACCAUGAUGUCUCCUUUGAAGAAUUCAGCGACUGGCUUCGCAGCGAAGAACAUUUUCAAAUUUUACACGACCAACGAAUGUUUGAGAAACUGUCCAAAGCCUUCAGAUAUUUCAAGAGUUUUACCGCAGAUGACGGCGACACGCUCGAUCGAGUUCAGUUUGAAAAACUGAUGAAGUUCUUUGGAUAUGAAACCAUCGACAUGGAUCAAGCUUUCGCGAAAGUUGACAAAGACAAAAAUGGGGCCGUGUCUUUUUGGGAGUUUAUGGUUUGGUUAAAAUGGGUGCCAGUUCUGAACUAAUGAACUUUCAAGAACUGCUCAAUCAAGCCGGUUCUUGUUACAAUAGAUCAGAGGUGUGAAGUUACCGAAAACAAGAGAACAAAAUUAUAUGAGUUUAGUAGCUAUAGACCACCAAUAAUUUUGUAAGAGGCCACAUAUAUCAAUCGAUUCUGCCCCCUUCUCCAGGUUACAUAACAUCGUCGUUUGGAAUCGAGUGUCAAAUUUCCAAAUCUUAUAAAGAAAAUCCUUACAUGAUUUGGUUUUAUCAACUGAGUUAAUUGAUAAUACAAACAACCUUAACUUAAAAAACCUGUUACGUAAGAUUUCUCAAUCAUCACAAUUAUAUCGACAAUGUAUCUAUUUAUUUAUAUCGUAUUUAUUCAGCUUAGAUGUACAGUUUGUUUUCAUGAAACAUCCCAUUUUGGUUGUAUAACAUUCGUUAAGUUGUUGAACAUGUACAUAGUUCAAUUUCAUUCACAAAACACUUUUUUUGCCAACUAUAUGCUGGUAUAUUUAUUAAAGAAGCGCAAUUGCUUGUUGCUAUAAAAUGCCAUUUUUGACUUACGCGAAAUCAAAGGUAAUGAUGAUGGAAAGAGAGACCCUCUGUUUUCCUUCUUUGUUCUGAUGCCUCAGUGAUUUCCACUGUACGGCCGCCGAAUUAAAAUUAAACAAAACAUCUGCAAGUAACACAAAUCAAAUA